AUGGAGGCGGGGGGCUGCCGCUACCAGUUUCGGAUCGCGCUGCUGGGGGACGCGGCCGUGGGCAAGACGUCGCUGCUGCGGCGCUACGUGGCGGGCGCGCCCGGGAUCCCGGAACCCGAGCCGGAGCUCGAGUCGGUGCCCACGGUGGGCGUCGAGUUCUACAGCCGCACUCUGCAGCUGCGGGCCGGGCCGCGCGUGAAGCUGCAGCUCUGGGACACGGCGGGCCAAGAGCGCUUCAGGUGCAUCACCAGGUCCUUUUACCGGAAUGUGGUCGGUGUCCUGCUGGUCUUUGAUGUGACAAACAGGAAGUCCUUUGAACACAUCCGAGACUGGCACCAGGAGGUCAUGGCCACUCAGGGCCCCGACAAGGCGAUCUUCCUGCUGGUUGGCCACAAGAGUGACCUGCAGAGCACCCGUUGUGUCUCAGCCCAGGAGGCAGAGGAGCUGGCUGCUUCCCUGGGCAUGGCCUUCAUGGAGACCUCCGCCAAAAAUAACUGCAACGUGGACCUGGCCUUCAACACCCUCACUGAUGCCAUCCAGCAGGCCCUGCAGCAGGGGGACAUCAAACUGGAGGAGGACUGGGGGGGUGUCCGGCUCAUCCAGAACACCCAAAUCCCCAGGCCCGCCAGCAGGACACAGCACCCGGGCCCAUGCAAGUGUUGACUCUGGGAGGGAAAGGGUUAAAGC